UAAAAUGAAAAAUUGAUUUUUAUAUAUAAUCAAUAUUUGUAUUCUUUUUGUAUUCCCCUGGUGUCGAUGUUGCCUCUGCGAAUAGCUUGUAGAAGUUCAUAUCAGAGCAGGCUAGCAGCUAAUGUUAACAGCUAGUCAACGUAGCUAGCUAAGAAGCUACUGUGUGUGUAAGCUACAUGUUGGCCUACACAUCAAAACAAAAAAACAAUAGCUCAAACAACGUCGUUAUUAAUUCAAUCUGAUAUCCUGCAAAUUGCAAAAGUACCCCAGGGUGAUGUGUAAAUGUUUUGACAGUUUAAUAUCCACAUUUAAAGAGAUACAUUAGUUUUUGUCUCACCCCUCUCUGAAGAAGAACUCUUAUUACCAUCGUGCAUUCACUUCCUGCUCAGGCUGUUUGUAAUCCAGAAGCAUGUGUUGCCCAUUUUAUCAUUGAGAUAUUACAUUUGUCACCUAAUAGUUUCUUUUCAUAUUCAGAUUAUCUCCCUGUAAUAAAAGCUAGAGCCGAUAUGGAUUUUUUUGGGGCCGAUAUCGAUAUUGGGGAGUAGAAGGUUUCCGAUACCAAUAUAUUGGCCAACCACUGUAGGAUCAAAACUGCUGUGUGUGUGUGUGUGUAUAUAUAUAUAUAUAUAUAUACACAUACAUAUAUAUAAGGGCUCGUUAGGGUUGGGGUUAGGCUUCACAAAUCAGGUUAACUUUCAUCCACAAUCUUUUAUACAGGCAUGAGGAAUAAGGUGUAUAAGAAAAGUGACCUUCAAUGACUUCUGCUUGGUAUUAUAUGUGACAUACAAAGAAAUAAUAUUUUUUUAAAUUAAAGUUAAUUUGACUUUUCAGGGGGGCCGUGGGCUCCAGUGGUAGGGGUGGGGCGCCCCCCCAAUUCAAUAGUAGGGGAAACAGCAGUUGGAGCCUACAAUGGUUGGCUAGACACCGUAGCAUUUUCCGAAUGAAUUGCUGCCCAUCAACCGCCAUCACGUGGACAUUUCAAGCGACAGGAGCUGCGUGUUUUUUUGUUUUUUGUCGCGAGAGGCGACGUUCGGCACUUUUACCUCAGCGCGCAGGACUCCUUGAACAACGGGGCAGAGAUGGAUGACAGCCUGGAUGCAAUACCUCCAGAUGACUCUGGAGAUAGGCCGUCUCUACACACUGCUAUUCACAAAAAGGACGACAGUUAUCCCAGUCUCGACUACUCCCCUCACAGUGAUAGGGACUUCUCUGAUUUCCAAUCUGACAUUGGCUGGAGCUCGUCAGAAGAAUCCAUUUACAGCAUUUCCCCGAACCCAGUCGACGAAGGACGUCGCCGCGGGCGAUCAAUGGCUAAGCAACAAAGUUCUUUGCCUACGGACAAAGUUGCAAAAAAGUCGCCCGCAGCUGAUCGGAAGACGUUCACCGAAGCGGUAGUGUUGCCGACCUCGAACAAGAAAGGGUACCGCGUCUACGACAGGAUGAACUACUGUCUGUUUUGCUCCAAGCCGCUCUCCAAAAUGGCUCGGCAUUUUGAGCAAGUUCACAGUGACAAAGCAGAGGUCGCAGUCGCAUUUCAGCACCCCAUGAAUUCCAGGGAAAGGCGGAAGGUCUAUAGGUCUGUAUUUGUGCACAACAAAGACAUUUUGAAAACCGGGAAGGGACUGCUCGCUAUCCACAAAAGACCACACCAACCCGGACGACCCAAGGACUUUCUUCACUGUCUCUAUUGCCCGGAGAAAGUGAAGAAUAUAAGCGAGUCGCAGUUCAGAAGAAAGCGCGUCGCGGUGUGCGCUCCAGAUCUUGGAAGAUCUCGGCGUGGGCGACGGUUCUAAGGGUGUCCUGUGCGAGAUGAUAUACGACGACGUCACACAAGCCGCCAUCGACAACAAGAUCUUGCCGCAGUUCGGCGAGCACAUGUUCAAUCAGUACGGCUCCGAUGUGAGGAAUCAUGAUUACGUGAGGCAACAACUUUGUCAGCUUGCGAGACUUGUGCUCGAAGCUAAAAAAGACAAGCCCGCUGACGAACCUGGAGAACUUCUUUUACCCCUCGAGCUUCCGACGUGGUGUCCGCGGUGAAAGUCCUGUCGGGCUACAACCCAGAAAAAAAAACGUUUGUGGAGGGUAACGCAUUGAAGUGUGGCGAUAUAAAAUGUAUUAAUAAAAAAAUUAUAUAUUUUUUUUUUGAGCUGUAAAUUUACCUUCUGUGACGGUUCAGUCUUCUACACUGUGUUUUGUUAUCAUGUUUGACAUUUUAACACAAAUUGCCAAUAAAAAGUGCUGAA